GAAAAGGAUGAAAUGUUCACUCCAGUCACAGACUUGACCCCAGAAAACCCGAUGUUUGAGGAUCUUAAUAGAUUACCCAAGCUUGGAAUAAGACAAGAAAUCAUAGAGGAAGUGGUGGAGGAAGAUACCAACGAUGCUGCCAUCACCUUAAAUACCGAGGCUCCUCUUGGAUUAUACUUACCAAAUGGAAACAAGAAACUUUGUCUCAUCACCGGUACUGAAGUUAAGUAUUUCGAUCCUAGUUUGGGGGUACCGUACAGUGAUGUUGAAACAUUCAAGUUCUUGAAGCUGAUGGAACAAGGUACAAUCCCCUGGUAUACGCUAGAUGGGACGUACAACGAUACCGGUUCCACUGAGAUAUAUUUGGGGUCCAGAGAUGGAAGUUCAAGGUCUGCUCGUGGCGUUCCCGAAGGAUUUGACGGUUAGUUAUAUAUAUAUCUAUUGAAUCUAUGUAGUGUGUUGAACAUCUUUUUCAUGGGCCUUGAUCAAGUCCCCUUGGAAUUUCAUGAGUUUUUGCUUCAACACCGGCAAAAACAAGGACUUGAUUUCACUGUUACACGAUUCGGAUGAAACGUUGAACACAUAAUCAUCUUCCUCUUGAUCGUGUAUGAACUCAGGCACAGUGAUGGUACCCGAAAAGGACUCUUCAUCUUUGGAACCGGUGAUUCCAAAUGUCAAGGUCAUAUCGUAAAUACACAAAACUCUACCCUUUCUUUGUGUAACGUCACAGUCACCUUCCACAGAAUUUACGCUUGAAAGCGUAAACUUGUAGGAGUCUUUCUCAACCUCAGUGUUGACAAAUUCGCUUGUGAAGUAUUCUUUCGACCAUGGAAGACAGUUUUUGUCGACCCAGUGCCAGUUGUUAGGGUUGUGGACUACCAUCUUGAGGACUAGCAGAUGUAAGUUUGAGUUG